GGAUCUUGGCGAGUAAGUAGGCCCUCUCGAAUGGCGUCACUGGAAAUGUAUCAUACAAGCUAAGCCAAGCCUUAUCUUUGGCCUACUAGUGCAUAUAUUCUUGAAAGGUUACCCAGGCUCAAAAAUACCCCAACUGCCACUUCAGCUCACUCCAAUCCAACGUAAGAGGCUGCUACCAAGAUCAGUUCACCAUGGACAGCAAUGGCACGGCGGUGCUGGCCCCGCCGCCGUCGCAGGGGAGGCUGAUCACCGUGCUGAGCAUCGACGGCGGCGGCAUCCGCGGCCUCAUCCCGGCCACCAUCAUCGCCUGCCUUGAGGCCAAGCUCCAGGAGCUGGACGGGCCAGAGGCCAGGAUCGCCGACUACUUCGACGUGAUCGCCGGGACGAGCACCGGCGCGCUGGUCACGGCGAUGCUGGCGGCGCCGGACGAGAAGAAGCGGCCGCUCUUCGCCGCCAGGGACAUCAGCCAGUUCUACCUCGACAACGGGCCCAAGAUCUUCCCACAAAGAAAGAUCGGGUUCCUGAAGCCGGCGGCGAACCUGCUGAGCCUGAUGAGAGGGCCCAAGUACGACGGCGCCUUCCUGCACGACAAGAUCAAGAGCCUGACGCACGACGUGAGGAUCGCGGACACGGUGACCAACGUCGUGGUGCCGGCGUUCGACGUCAAGUCCCUGCAGCCGGUCAUCUUCUCGACGUAUGAGGCGGUGCACGAGCCCCUCAAGAACGCGCACCUCUCCGACAUCUGCAUCAGCACGGCGGCGGCGCCGACCUACUUCCCGGCGCACUUCUUCAGGACCGAGGGCGAGAAGCCCGGCGGCCGGGAGUUCCACCUCGUCGACGGGGGCGUCGCCGCCAACAACCCCACCAUGGUCGCCAUGUCCAUGCUCACCAAGGAGGUGCUCCGCCACAACCCGGCCUUCAGGCCCGUGGAGUACGGCAACUUCCUCAUCGUCUCCAUCGGCACCGGGUCGCCCAAGCAGGCCGAGAAGUACACCGCCCCCAAGUGCGCCAAGUGGGGCCUGCUCCGGUGGCUCUACAACGGUGGCUUCACCCCGCUCAUCGACAUCUUCACUCAUGCCAGCGCCGACAUGGUCGACAUCCCAAGUGCUCUUCGAGGCCCUUCGGUGCGAGAAGAACUACCUCCGCAUCCAGAGCACCUGGCAGCUAGGGGCCCGGCCUCCGGCGGCGCCUGCGAGCGGCACUUGCGCGCGGGGGCUGCGGUCCGCUGCUACAGGAGGUGGCGAGGAGGCGGAGUGCACGGAGGACCUGUGGCGCCGGUGGGGUGCAGUGCGGGCCCGGCCUCAUGCGCGCACGAUGGCAACGGCGCGGUCCGCGGUCUGGCGCGGCACGACCGGGCGUGGCGGUGCAUGGCGAGCGCGGACCCGGCCUUCGUCACGCAUGGUGGCAGCGGCGCGGUGCGCGGUCCCGGCCUCUGGCUCGCAUGGCGGCGACGGCGGCGGCCUGGCGCGGCGCGGCCUAGUGCAGCGGAUGAUUCGCUAGUAGGACACACAUCGUCAGUGGACAUCGCGACCAAGAAGAACAUGGAGGCGCUGAUCGGGAUCGGAAGGGAGCUCCUCAAGAAGCCGGUGGCGAGGGUGAACAUCGACACGGGGGUUUACGAGCCUGUCUCCGGCGAGGGCACCAACGAGCAGGCUCUCGAGCGCUUCGCUAGGAAGCUCUCCGACGAGCUCAAGCUACGCAAGAAAAACUUCAACUCCUACUAGCUUAGCUUGCUUGCUUAAUUGCCAACCAGAGUGGGCCUCGAUCAAAAGCAGCAAACUAUGUGCAUAUCAAUAAAGAGUUCUGCUUGCUUUUCAUCAGAAACCUGAACUGAUAAUGUGUAUCUGGAGUUGUAAUUUUGCCUGUGCUUGCUAUUGGGCUAAAAAUGUUUCGGUGUUAUGUUUCGAUCUUAAAAGAUUGCGCCCAAGCCA